AUGGCUAAGCGGAGAGUCGCGAAGCAUCGCUCCGGUCGGCUUCGCCUGCGGUGGCCAGCGGCGACCUGCGCGUGGGCAUGCGCCGUUCUUCUGUCGCUGGUGACAGGCGCUCACGCCGAUGUUGACACUUCUACUAAUCAUGGAGAUAACACUCUCACAAACUCAGAUUUGUUCUCUAACAUCACAUCGGCGACCCGGGCGAGAGUGCAACCCGCUAUACCAUUUGCCAUAUUAAAGAACGUAUUAGGGUAA